AUGACUGACAUGGACAAAGUAUCUAGUGACCAUGUAGCAGAAGUUGGAAAUAUAGAAGCCGUUCCUACCCAUCAAGCCCGAGCUGAUAUCGAUGUCGACGAGGAAUAUUCUUUUCAGGAACAAAGAAAAAUUAUUCAUCGUGUUGACCGCCGAUUGAUCAUUAUCUGCGGAGCUGCCUAUUGCAUUAGUCUGAUGGACCGCACAAAUGUUUCAGUGGCAGCGAUUACUGGUAUGAUGGAGGACCUGGAAUUAUACAUCGGCUUUCGAUACUCGAUCGUAUUACUGGUCCUGUUUAUUCCCUACAUCUCGCUUCAGCCGCUGGCGAGUGCCGUUAUCCGAUAUAUUGGGCCGCGAAUCUUCAUAUCUGUAACUGUCAUGACCUGGGGGGCAUGCUUGAUUGGAUUUGCUUACUCCCCAAACUGGCAGACACUGUCCGGCCUACGGGCGGUUCUUGGAGCUCUUGAGGCAGGAUUCUUUCCGGGCACUGUCUAUCUACUGUCAUGCUGGUAUUCGCGGUACGAGGUCCACAGGCGCUACUCAUGGUUUUACCUUAUAGGAUGCGGUGCCUCAGCUUUCUCUGGAAUCCUUGCAUUUGGUUUCAGUCAAAUGAAGCCGCUCCAAGGUCUGAAUGGGUGGCAAUGGAUUUUUGUCAUGGAGGGCGUUUUGACCUUCAUUAUCGGAAUCUUCUGCAUAGUGUUUGUUGUUGACUUUCCUGACAAGGCUCACAAAGAGUGGGCCUUCCUCAAUGAGAGGGACUCCCUCAAUACCGUUACAUACGCUAUUGCAUACUUCCUCCCAAUUAUUCUCCGUGAUAACAUGGGAUUCAGCGUGAUAGCAUCUCAAUGCCUUACAGCGCCACCAUACGCCUUUGCAGGCAUCCUAAUGGUAGUAACAUCAUGGAUUGGUGAUAAAUAUCACAUGCGUGCUCCAAUCCUUAUCUUUAAUAGCCUUGUUACUCUGGUUGGUCUUCCAAUCAUGGGCUUUGCUAACACUCCAGCCGUCCGCCUCUUUGGUGUAUUCCUCACGACUGGUGGAGCACAAGCUAAUAUCCCUGCAUGUAUGGCAUAUCAAGCAAAUAAUAUUCGAGGCCAGUGGACGCGAGCUUUUGCAAGUGCGACGCUAGUUGGGUUCGGAGGUAUUGGUGCUAUAGCUGGUAGUUUGAUCUUCCGGUCUCAGGAUGCACCAGCCUAUAUUCCUGGUAUUUGGGCUGCCAUUGCGUAA